UACCUCAAAAAAAUUGGGUAUGAAAAGUGGUCAAGAAUUCAUAGCCAAAACAAGAGGUAUUCCACAAUGACCUCAAACAUAUCAGAAUCACUGAACGCUGCAAAUUUGGCAGCAAGGGAGCUACCAAUUACAACGCUGCUAGAAUGCUUGAGAGCAUUGGUGCAACAAUGGACGCAUACUAAUAGGACAAAAGCACACAACACCUUCACUAAGCUAUCACCAACUGGAGAAGACAUACUGUUGAAAAAUUACACAUACUCAUUGAAUCUGGAGGUUAAAGCAACAACAGAUUACUUGUUUGAGGUAACAAGAAUGAAAGAAUCGUGGGAAGUAGACCUAGAAAAAAGAACAUGCACGUGCAACAGGUUCCAAAUAGAUGAAAUGCCAUGCGGGCACGCAGUGGCCGUGAUGAGGGAGAUGAACAUGGACCCGUACACCUACUGUUCAGAUUACUACACAAAAAAAAAUUGGCUGGCAACUUAUUCAGGGACAGUUUACCCAAUAGGACACCAAAGUGAAUGGGAGGUACCGGAAGAAGUGAAAAAUAUUAUAGUCUUGCCUCCACAUGAAAGAGUAAAAUCAGGAAGACCAAAAAUAUUAAGAAGGAAGGCUGGAUGGGAAAAGGAUCAACACAACAAGUGCAGCAAAUGUGGUGAACUGGGGCAUAACAAAAGAACAUGCAGCAGAAGACGUAGAAGGGAAUAAAAACAACAACAGAACAACAGUGGAAAAACAAAAGAAAACUACACAUACGUUUUGAGAAUUAGAUAUUGAGGAAUUUAAAUUUUUGAAAUACAAAGGGAAUACAGUUUUUAUUUGAAAAACAUUGAUUACAUUGGGAAUUGUUGAUACUCUAGAUUGGAUAUUAAAAGAUGUUGGAUACUAAAUUGAAUAUAUAUAUAUGAAGUUUGUUAUUGAAA